UUCCCUGCCUGAAUAAAAACAAGAAUUCUAUGUUUUUUUUCUAUAUUGCUAUGUACACUUGUUGAAUUUUGGUCACUUGCUCUUGCAAGGAAUUGCUUUACUGCAGGAACAUUCAAGUCCUCUUGGCCAUCUUUAUGCUUUCUUCAUAGCCAUCUCUUCCCUCUUCGCUUUUGGAUCUUCUUAUGUUCUGGCAGGGGAGAAUUUUAGGAAGAGCAAAAGCAAAAAACCUGCUUGAGGACUUGUUUCUCCAGUCAGUGAUUGUUUCAUGAAGUACAGAAGCUAGCUUUAGUUGGAAACUUUGGGUGUUGUAUUAUAUAUAAAACAUGGAGAAAACAACAUUUGGUGGUGGAGGAGGGAGUUAUCCAUACGAGAACGGGGUGGUGAUGAUGACAAGAGACCCAAGGCCAAGACUUAGAUGGACUGCUGAUCUUCAUGAUCGUUUUGUUGAUGCUGUCACCAAACUUGGUGGCCCUGAUAAGGCAACUCCAAAGUCAGUGUUGAGGUUAAUGGGAUUGAAGGGUUUGACAUUGUACCAUUUAAAGAGUCAUUUACAGAAAUACAGACUUGGGCAGCAGGCUCGAAGACAGAACAAUACAGAACAAAGCAAAGAGAGCAGAGGAGCUUCAUAUGUAAACUUCAGUAAGGGCUCCUCAGGGACAAGCACCAGUUCACCAAGAAUCGAUGAAGAACAAGGAGAAAUCUCAGUUGCAGAGGCAUUAAAUUGUCAGAUUGAAGUACAGAAAACAUUACAAGAAAAGCUUGAGGUACAGAAGAAGCUGCAGAUGAGAAUAGAAGCUCAAGGGAAGUACUUGCAGGCCAUACUGGAGAAAGCUCAGAAGAGCCUCUCACAAAACUUGAAUGACGACAGCAAUGGAAAAUUAAAAGCCACAAGAGCUCAUUUAACAGGCUUCAAUUCCGCUGUUUAUAGUCUCAUGGAGAACUUGAAUGCAGAAGAUAGGAAACCAAGCAUCACUGAUUUGAAAGGUAUCAAUAUGAAGGAAAAUGGUCCGGCUAUGCAUAUUCAGAGAGAGGGACAGACACAGGAAACCAAAGAUGUUAAGCACCACCUUCAAGGGGAUUCCAUACAUUUUGACUUAAACACCAAAGGUAACUAUGAUUUUGUCUCUGCAAAUGGAUCUGAAUUGGAACUCAAAAUGCUUUCAUAUAGGAGAUAAAUUAGUGGUAAUAUUUACCAAUUACUUCUAUAACAAACAACUGUAACUGCUUAUAGUGUGACCCUCAAAAGCUGCUUAUAAAUUUUGUAGAAAUUAGAUUUUGGAGUUCUUUUUACUA